CUUUGUCAAAAGCUACACGAAACAUACUCCGCGUGCGUAAAAUUUCCACGGCUCUAGCUAGCUAGCAGUAGCAGCUGCUAUGCUGCUAUUAGUAGCUAGCUUGCUAUUAAUAGUAGGAGAUGUUUGCUUCUUCAGUGGUUAGAGUACCACCGGUACCGGUAUGGGCUAUCGGUAAUCGGAAGUCAAGAUCUUGGGCCAUCCUUCCUUGGCUCUCUAUACUGAAGACGUCCACUUCCACAGUAACUGUUUGACUACAUGUACAUGUAUCUCGACUGAGCUGUCGCCCGAAGUGAACCGGUUGCUUCUUGCUCGAGCAGCCAACUUUUGAACCUUUGCAGUUCUUCUCACUUUUUUCCUUGAAGACUUUUGCAAAGCCUGAAUUUCUCAUUUGCUAACUAAUACUACUAAUACUAAUACUACUAGUAGUACUACUAUCCCUCCAACCAACAAGCUAGCUACCAGCUACCUACAAGCCACUAAUACUACUAUUACUAAGUAACUAAGUAAGUAACUAAGUAAGUAAGUACAAAACACAACUCCGCAAUGACCAUGAGCCAUGGCAGUUUUCCUGGGGGCACCUCGGGUUUGUCGGAUGCUAGCAGCCUGGUAGGUUCAGGCGUGUUGGCGCUAGACGAGCUUUCCCAGGUGUACGAAAACGACGACGAUUCGAACUUGUUGGACUUUCUCGAUGAGACCAACGGGUCCAGUGUGCGUUCCAACAGUGCCAGUGGCGGUGGCAGUGUCCUCGAGAAGCAAUCCUUGGACAUGGACCGCAUUGCCAAAAAGACCUACUUGGUGGCUUUUCUCGUGGUUCUUGUAGGCGCUCUGGCAAGUGCCAGUUUUCUCUAUUUGGGCAUAUCCAACGCGAAUGGCGACCAGAAAGCUCUCUUUGAACGACGAGCUGCAGAGAUGAAAAAGGAGAUUGUCAACUCGUGGCACGACUACGAGCUUGCGACCCUUUGGAUUCACGAAAGUUGCAGAAACUGGAGGACGGACAACAUGACCCGCAUGGACUUUAGGGUUUUAUAUCAGUACCUCAUUUACGAUCAAGAGCUAGAGUUCUUCGCAGCAGAGUGGAUCCCCAAUGCCACUCAUGCCGAACGAGCUGCUAUGGAACAAAGGGCGUCUCAAGAAUGGCCUGCCUAUCAGCCUGGAUUCAACUAUACUGGAUUCAAGGGACUCCAGCCCAAUCCAGACAAGCAAGAAGGAGCACCUCCGCUCACCGUGCAGCACCGAUCAGAACAGCCAUGGUACUUCCCCAUGCACUUUAUGGAACCUGUCAAGAACUUGGGAGGAAAGGGGCAUUUGGAUCUCUUCACUGUGCCCAAUCUCAAGCCAGCCAUCCUUCAAGCUCUCAGCACCAUGAAGCCUGCUCUUACUGCGCCCUUCAUCUUGGUUCACGAAACAGAGGCAUAUGGAAACAGUGUCGUGCUCUUUCAUCCAGGUCCCUUCAUCCCACAGGAUCUUACCCCCAAUGUCCAGCAUAGAGACCUCUCCAAUAUGGUUGUCAAGGUUAGGGAUCUAUUGACAAGAGCAUCACGCAACCAGGGAGAGAGUCUCGCCGCUCACCUUUACGAUAUCACGUCGGAGGAUAAGCCCCCCAUGGUCAUGGGUGGAAUUGAGAUUCGAAUUGGGCAGAAUGCAUCCUCCUCCGCUCAAGACAAAACGGACGUCAAAGACUUGUCGUUCCCGCAAGUCCCUCUGGAUCAACUCGAUCGAUCUUCCAAGCUAUUCUUCGAAGCUGACAUUGCUGUGGCCUCUCGCACUUGGAAGAUUGCCAUACUUCCUGUCGAUGAUUCAUACCAGCCAGACUUGACCUUUAUCGUCAUUAGCGGUUCCAUGAUCUUCCUUGCAUCACUCCUCCUCGCCAUCUGGAUGCUACACAACUUGAGAAAGUCCAUCAAAAUGCAACGAAUCAUCACCACAGCUGCUGCUGAAGCUUCCAUUGUCAGCAGUCUCUUCCCAGAAAAAGUACGGGAACGCCUCAUUCAAGAUGCAACCGCUGCCAAGGCUAAACGAACACAGCCUCUUUCAAAGGCUCAAGCAUUUCUCAAUAACGGAAGCGACAAGAACAGCUCUGACAAGAACCCCUUUCGCCCAAGUGACCAGCUCACCAGCGAGGGGCUCUUUGGAAGCAAACCCAUCGCUGAGUUGCAUCCAUACACAACAGUCGUUUUCAUGGACAUGGUGGGAUUCACGGCUUGGAGCUCGGUACGCGAAGCAUCCCAAGUCUUUACGCUACUCGAAAUCCUCUAUAAUUCAUUCGACAACAUUGCCAAGCGGCGCCGAGUCUUCAAGGUGGAGACAGUGGGCGAUUGUUAUGUUGCUGUGUCAGGUGUUCCCGAACCUCGAAAGAAUCAUGCUGUCGUCAUUGCCAGGUUUGCGAAUGAUUGCAUCAAACGAAUGCAUCAGCUUUCGAGAGCCCUUGAAACAACUCUGGGCCCUGACACUGCCGACCUCGCUUUGAGGGUUGGUAUUCACAGCGGACAAGUCACUGCAGGUGUUCUGCGAGGUGAUAAAGGUCGCUUUCAGCUGUUUGGAGAUACUGUCAACAUGGCUGCUCGAAUGGAAUCAACCGGAGCCCAAAACAAGAUCCACUGUUCUGCAUACACUGCAGAGUUGAUUUCGGAAGCUGGUUUUGAAAAGUGGAUUGUCCCUCGUGAGGAAAAGAUCAACAUCAAAGGGAAGGGGCGUCUGCAGACAUAUUUUGUGCGAAUCAUCUCUGGCUCAAAGGCCUCCAAGGCGAGCGUAUCGGCUCCAACUCAGACCCCAGGAGCGCGUGAUACCACAGACCGUGAAGAUGCCAAAACGACGAGAUUGGUGAAUUGGAACUUGGAAGUCCUUAGCAAGCUCUUACGACGUGUCCUUGCAAGGCGACAUGCAAUGAACAAGCCUAGAUCAAAAGCUUCCAGCUUCUCGACUUCCGAAACGUCGCUGCAGGGGUGUGCACUUGAGACUGUCCAAGAGAUCAUCGCGCUUCCUGGGUUCAGCGAAGCCGCUAUUUCUCAGCAAGUGGACCCGGAUUCCAUCGUUCUCGACGACGUGGUGGUGGACCAAUUGCAGGGCCUGAUCACCAAGAUUUCUGCCAUGUACCGAAACAAUUCAUUCCAUUCCUUCGAACAUGCCUCCCACGUCCUGAUGAGUGUUGACAAGAUGAUGACACGUAUCCUUGCACCAAAGGAAAUUGUUUCAAAGAAGGCAGAGGUUGGAUGUGAUCUUCAAAGGGUCGAGGCAGAACUUCACACUGCUACCUUCGGUUUAACCUCAGAACCUAUGAUCCAAUUUGCCUGUGCCUACGCGGCGUUGAUUCAUGAUCUCGAUCAUCAAGGCGUUCCCAAUUCGACGCUGGUCACGGAGAAUGAUCCGCUUGCGGUCAAGUAUAACAACAAGAGCGUAGCCGAAAGGAACAGUCUGGAUUUGGCCUGGGAUCUCUUCCAUGAACCUGAGUACAAGGAUCUGCUCAACUGUAUCUGUGGUGAUGCGGAAGAGUAUCAGCGUUUCCGACACCUUGUUGUGAACAGUGUAAUGGCGACUGACAUUAUGGACAAGGAGCUUGGCGCUGCCCGCAAGAACCGUUGGAAUAAGGCAUUCAGCGAGGAGAAAGAAUCAGAAGAGGAGGACCAGAUGGCUGUCAACAGAAAGGCAACGAUUGUGAUUGAGCACUUGAUCCAGGCCAGCGACAUUUCCCACACGAUGCAGCACUGGCACGUUUACGUGAAGUGGAACGAGAGACUCUUCCAUGAGCUGUACAGAGCCUACAAGACUGGUCGAAUCGAAAAGGACCCAUCGGAAGGAUGGUAUCAGGGAGAACUUGGAUUCUUUGACUUUUACAUUAUCCCAUUGGCCAAAAAGCUGUUCACGUGUGGUGUUUUCGGUGUGUCUAGCGACGAAUUCCUGAACUACGCCAGAACAAACAGAGCUGAGUGGGAGCAAAAGGGGGAAGCUCUUGUUGAGCAGUAUUUGAUGAACUACAAACACAAGUUUGGUGACGACGUCCGUGUCCACGACGAUUGUGAGCAAUCACACGAGCAAGCGGAGAGACUGCCUGUUUCCAAUGGUGUCGACUGCUAGAACAUGUAGACAUUGCAUCCACCUAUUCCACAUACAUUUAUUUAUUUAUAUCAGAAUACAUUGCCUCCUCCAAGUCCAUAGAUUUUGUACAUGUGUCCCGAGAAGAAGCGUGGCUUUCGCUACAUGUAGCUAGUCUUCGCCGUCCCUAUUCAGAUCCUCCUGGAUCGUCCUCGUCCUCCUUUUGUUUGCCAUUGUCAUUGUCAAUACCAAGUGUGCGAGUCCAGUCCAAUAAUGCUCAAUAAGUGCGGGACGUAGAAAGCGGUAAAACGAGCGGUCUGAGUCGGAAGGAAUUUUUGUGCAGCAACCAAGCUAGCUAGCUAGGCCAAAGCGACAAGAAUACUACUGGUAGUACUCUGACACAUCGUAGCCGUGCCGUUCCUUCUCCAGUAGCUACCAGCUACCAGUAGACACCAUGGAUUCUGAACCUACUAGUGCUACCGGUACUACUGGCACUGGUACUCCUUGGGUGAUGGACCAGCCAUGGGAUGAGGACACUAGCACAUGGGUCACGACUGCUCCCAUCAUGAUGUGUGAAAGGAUGCCUCGAGAAGUCGUUGGAUCAGUUGAGGAGGAUGAGUAUGUUCUAGCAGUGAAGUGGAAACCUGAGAGUAACGCAUCUAGAGGUACGUAUUUCCGUUUGAAAGAAUCGGCAACAUUCCAUGCAGUAUAUCGUGGUCUAGAAAAUCGUUACCCAGAGGAUUUUCCAGGUCCCACCCUGAAAUUCAGAUCUUCUUCUGGUCGAGUGACAACCAUCCAAGGCAAUGAUAGUCUUGAGACUACUGGCAUCCUACCGGUACUGGAUGGCCCACAGGGAAUCCCUGAAGGUCACAUGCUGGUCUUCUAUGCAGUACCGGUACCGGUAAGGGAGGAAACGAAUCCAAGGCCAGUUCCAGAAAACAAUGGAGGCAACCCAGCGAAUGCUGGCAACGAUGAGACGCAGCUAGAGUAUGAUGAGUAUGGUGUCCCAUACUACAAUCCACGUUUCCACAUCAGAAUCGAGGAUGAUCCUGAUAUCCAAAUCAGGCGUUUCAGCCAGCUGUCUGAAGAAGACCGACUUUCAAUCAAUGCUGAAACUUUGGCCAAUGACGUGCGCUGCUUCAGGAAAUUGCACGAAUUUCACGCCA